GGCUCAUAGAUUGAUCGUCACGUAUCGUGACUCGAUUGCGGUAUACUUCAUUAUUACCCAUUGCCUGAUCUUAGCCAUCGCGACUUGGUUCAGCCAGUAGCACACACAGUCUGCCCACGCUCAAAUUACCAAACUCACCGUCAUAGCCGUUUUUUUUUAUACUGCAGCGUGACCGUCGCGACUGUGGCGACGUAAGAUGCGAAAUAUACAUAUUACAGCAAAGCGCCUUCAACUUGGCUUUUACAAAUCGCUCAUCAAAAACACACAUAAAAUCUACCUUUACACAUUCGUCGCGUCACCAACCAUGUCGCCUCCUGUUCCCCCGGACACCCGUUUUGCUCGCCCUAGCGCGAGCAGCGACAGCAACGGCAGCGUCACCCUCCACGAUGCCCAUGUUCAGACUGGGGAUAGGUCUUCUAUUCGACGUUGGUUCAACAGCAUGCGCAUAGCUGUCUUCCCCAAGGGCGUACAAAAGCAACUGGACACCUCAGGCGGAAAGGACUCUCAGACUCUUCAGACCUUCCCUUGCCCUGUGUCCUCUAAUGAGUGUGUCGCCGACAUCGAACCUGGUAUCACGGUCGAACCCGCUACCGUCUCGAGGCAUGUUGCCCGUGAUCAACAAACUUCUUCUGUUCCUGCUUCCACUCCCGCCUUCGCUUUCGCCUCCGUUUCCGUCCCCACCAAGUUUGGUUGGUGCAUGUCAGCCUAUGAACAAGCAAUGGCCGCGCCGACACCCUCGUCAGAGAGUACUGACCCCAAAGACCACGAAAUGACGUUAGCUGAGCCAGCAAAAGGCAAACGCAAUCGCCGACCUCGCCAACCGACCAUGAUCACUCCCGCCGUGUUGGACAAGAUCGCCAAGGACAACAAGAAGCACCAGGGAGCCACGGCCGCCCGGGAGAUAGAGGUCAGGAAUAGCAGUAUGGGAGUUUCUUCGUCGAGUUCACGUGCGAGAGGAGUUCAGGCAAGCCCGAUGAGGUGGUCACAAGACUAGCAUGAUGGACGGGACUAGAUUGAUGAUUGUUGGAGUGGCAUGGUUGAUGAGGUCUUUGUCGUCACUAGACUUUGCUAUGGGAGGUUUUGUGGUUUUGCAUAAAGAUGGUGACUUGCACUAUAUUGCACAAACCCAUUG